UCGAUUUAAGUUGUUCAAAUUGUACCCUAGUUCCUGAAUCCAUACUAUUGAAUUCAAUUCAACCGUUACCGUAGGUGCUAACUAAAACGAUAUAUAUAUUGAUCUUCUAGAAUCUUCCGACCACCGCAGCAGGCAACUGACGAGAUCAGACCAUCCCCAUCCUAACUAAGCUUCCCGUGUGAAAGUGGCGCUCGAUAACGGUAUCAAAACGCAGUCCCGAGUGCAUCCGAGUCCCGGCAGCGCUCGCACUCUCGUGUGGGCGCUUCCACUGACGGCAUCAUGCAACAUGGUGACGGAGGAAAACGACGAGCAUCCCCACACCGAGGAAGAAAAGACACCGACCCAGGACAGUAACCUGCUGGUGCGGUCGGAUAGCACCGAGGUCUUGAUCCAAAGCAGCAUGGACGACAUCUUCGAUGUGAUCAAGGCUGGCGAGUUGUCGGAGGUGGAAAACCUGGUGGAGAAGGUCGGCCCGGAAGCGUUGAGUGCAAGGGAUAAGCAUGGGUACACUCCGGCUCACUGGGCUGCUUUGGAUGGCAACGUGGAGAUGAUGCGCUACUUGGUAGAACGCAAUGCUCCGGUAGAUCUGCCUUGUUUGGGAACGCAAGGUCCGAGGCCUAUCCAUUGGGCCUGCAGGAAGGGUCAUGCUGCGGUUGUGCAAGUUCUGUUACAAGCCGGAGUGGCAGUUAAUGCUGCCGACUUUAAGGGGCUGACACCACUUAUGACGGCUUGUAUGUACGGAAGGACGGCUACUGCAGCAUAUCUGCUUGGAAUGGGUGCUCAGAACCACCUUACGGACAUCAACGGCGAUACGGCACUGCACUGGGCGGCGUAUAAAGGGCAUGCCGAUUUGAUCAGAUUGCUGAUGUAUUCGGGCGUGGAUCUGCAGAAAACGGACAACUUCGGAUCGACACCGUUGCAUUUGGCUUGCCUGUCGGGUAAUUUGCAGUGUGUGAAGAUACUUUGCGAAAAACGUAACCUGGAACUAGAACCGAGGGAUAAGAAUGGGAAAACUCCGCUGAUGUUGGCUCAGAGCCAUCGGAAUAACGAUGUGGUGAAGUUGCUUCACAAUGAGAUCAAGAAGAAGUCCAGAUGGAUGCCACCGAUCUCGGAGAUCUGGAGUCUGCUGUUUGGCGGCGCUGGGGCCUCCAAGGGCCCGUUGAUUCUGUUUCUGUUCUCGGUACUGCUUUGGGGGUAUCCAAUGUAUAUGAUCAGGUGCAUCCCAAUAACGUGGAACGUUCUACGGAGGUCGCACUACUGUUUCAUCUACUGGAAUGCGGUUAUGUGGAUUAGUUGGAUCAUAGCCAAUCGUCGUGACCCGGGAUAUAUUCCAUUAAACUCGGAUACGUACUACCGGGCCAUCAAACAGAUUCCCUACUUUGAUAAGUGGAAGAAACGUAAUGCAUUUUUAUCACGACUAUGUCACAGCUGCCGAUGCCUGAGACCACUGCGAGCCAAGCAUUGCAGAAUCUGCAACAGAUGUGUGUCGUACUUUGAUCAUCACUGCCCAUUUAUCUACAACUGCGUUGGAUUGCGAAAUCGCAUGUGGUUCUUGCUGUUUGUGUUGAGCGUAGCGAUCAACUGCUCAUUCACGAUCUACUUUGCCUGUUAUUGUGUAAUGAUCGAAGGAUUCAGUCUACUGUACGUGCUAGGACUGGUGGAAGCCUUCGUUUUCUGUGGCCUGGGAUGGAUUCUCACCUGUACUUCGAUCCUCCACGCAUGCAUGAACCUCACGACCAACGAGAUGUUCAACUACAAACGUUACCCAUAUCUACGGGACAAACGUGGUCGCUAUCAGAACCCAUUUUCCCGCGGUCCGGUGCUGAAUCUGUUCGAGUUCUUCGUUUGCUUGCCGGACCGCCAGGACGAACAGGACUACAUGCUGGACGAGAAUCUUUGAAAAUUACCCAACCCGAGCGUGAAUAGGAAACGAUUAACUAGCAGCUAGGGGCAAGCGCCUUGCAGUUGGAUUCCAUUUUUGCUCCGCAUUUUUUACACCACUCUAGAUCCAGAUAUAUACUUACGGCACCAAAUCCGAAAGGUCGAAGCUUAGAGCUUGAAAGCUAGCGAGAGAAAAGAUUAAGCAGCUGCAGCCGCAUUUGACUUUGCUUACACCGUACAGCACCGUUUGUCGAUUAGUGAAUGAUGAGCAAAAGAGUUGUUCCCUAAAGGGCCACCCACAUUGGAUCCGCUUGCGUUGCGUUGACGUAAAUUUGACAGUUAGACAAUAGCUUUAGCUGUCACUUUGCCGCAACGCGUCCGAUCCGGAUCUAAUGUGCGUGGGCCUUAAGCGACUUCUCGCUCACUUUUGGAUACCUAUUAUUAUCAAUCGCGUGGUGUGAUCACACUGAGAAAGGAAGUUCUUUCAAAUUCCAUCCGUACGUAGAACGGAAUUCUCAGUUAUUGAUUAUAAAAUACGUUUAUUAUUUUUCCAAAUACGUUUGAGUACACGAAUGUAAUUUUUUUUGCGCUCUAUACGAUUCAACCUGUUGGGCGAACAUUAUUUUACUAUAGUCCACAUAGAUACGUAUUUAAAUGUUAUUUCUUCACUGAUUUAUUGGGAUCAUUUAUUUCUUUUCACUUUCGUAGUGGAACAAUAUAUUAACGAUAUUGAUUUUAGUCUGACGGGAGGAAGUAUAUUUUCAUUUUUGAUAGAUAUUAACUAAGAAUCGUAUAUUGUUAAAGUUUAAAAAUUAUAUGCGAACUAAUGUUACGUUGAAGGUGAAUGUUGAUAAGAAAUAGUCUUUACUUUAUUUGAUAUAAUAAUACACGAAACUAUUUUCCGAAGUAAAUUAACCUACGAAUGUGCAUUGAUAUUUUCGUUCGUGUAUGUGUAUUUAAAGGUUAACUCAUCAAAUUGCACAAAAUAGUGUUUGUUUUGUUUUCGUUUUAGUACUUAGAUUAAAAUAUAAACACACUCCAAAACUACAUAAAAUGUAUUCUGAAAACUCAUGAACAGCAGCGGAUGCCUGUGUUUUUCAAUAUUUAUUGCUUUCCAUACUGUUAUAAUACCAGAUUGUAUCUCGAUGAAAGAAAUAUUUUUACCGUAAAUUUUGAUGGCUAUAACGCUUCGAAUAAAACUUUUGUAACAAGUCA